AUGAGUAAAACAGGUGCAAAUUUUGGUGGUACUGUUGGUUGGGAUCAACAGACUGUUAUUGGUAAACGUGCACCACGACCUGGAGAAUUAAAAUCUGAAUCUGCCAUUGCAGCUGCUGAGCGUGCAGGUGUUGCUAUAGAUACAUCAAAGAAAUUUGCUGCUGGAAAUAAUCAACAACAUCAAGCAGCAAAAAACACUGCUGUUUUAGAUCGUGAAACAGAAGAAUUACAUCAUGACAGGGUUGAUAAAGAUGUUGCACGUGCUAUUCAAACAGCACGAGUUGCGAAAGAAUGGACACAAGCUGAUUUAGCAAGAAAUGUUAAUGAAAAACAACAAAUCAUUAAUGAAUAUGAACAAUCAAAAGCAAUUCCAAAUCAACAAGUUUUAAGUAAAUUGGAACGUGCAUUAGGUGUUAAAUUACGUGGAAAAGAUAUUGGUGAACCACUUACCUUUGGACCAAAGAAGAAAUAA